GGCAAUUAACAUAAAGGACAGGAACACACAUAAAGAAAGUAGCCGUUACAAUGUUAGCAGGUGCUUAAGAGUUUCCUCUUCUUUCAUAGCCAAUGAGUGGGGUAUAUCGCCGGUCACAACAGAACACCAGAAAUACCGGCACAAUACACCACCAUCGCACGUGAAAACAUAGGAACAAAAUAACAAUCAAAGAGGCCAAUCUAGUCAGUUAGAUCGUGGAGUUAUGAAUUAUUGACUAGCUUGAAAUAUAAAACACCAGUUUUAGCUGCUUUCAAUAGUGUUUAGUUCUUGCUGACCGUCGUCGUUUCGGGUCGCUUGUAAGCAAGAAAAAAAAAUGGACUCGAGGACGCGAUUGCUGGCGCUUUUAGCGGUUUUGUCGGCGAUUGCGGUGGUCAGUUGUUUUCCUGAAAGGAAAAAGAACACAAAGACAAAUGACUCAGAACACAAAGACGUCAAGCGUAGUGCCUCGGCGCAAGUUGGCCAGUACGGCUACCCCUCUCAGGCAGCAUCAUACAUUGGCACCCAAGGAGCAUCAGGCGUUGAUGGACCCCCGGGUCUCGCAGGACCACAAGGACCGAAAGGCAUGCCGGGUCCCCCAGGGCCGCCAGGACCACCAGGCGCAAUCGGAUGGAAGGGUAACCCUGGAAACCCAGCCGGUCCCCCCGGACUUGAUGGACCCCCCGGACCCCCCGGUCCUCCAGGCCCUAAAGGCUGGCCCGGUGUCCCAGGCCCCCCUGGUGCACCGGGUGCAUAUGGAUGGAAAGGUUACCCGGGUAACCCGGCAGGACCACCGGGCAGAGACGGCAUUCCUGGACCCCCCGGACGUCAAGGCGGAAAAGGUCCCGCUGGUAUACCAGGUAUACCUGGGCCAGGGGGAGUCGGCAAACGCAGAAGGGAAAUCCGCUCAUGAUCUGGUAGCCGGACAGUCAACGUUUAUACUGUUUUCGUCCGAGAUGUUUCAAAUGUUUUUUUUUUAUCAUUCAACUUUUUCAGCAGUUUAUUUUUCACACGCGAGAACUUUUAUAAUUAUCAUUAUUAGUUUAAAACUUUUGCUACUAUUACUGCUUGUUUAGAACUCGGCGCUAUUAAACUAUUCUUUUUACGUUUUGUACACAUCACCAAUUAUUUGUAUAGAUUCUCCUUGUUAAAGAGUAUUUUAUAGCAAAACAUCGUUUUUUUAAGGAAAUAUUUAAUGUUUUGAAGAAACAAAUUAAUAAAAUAAGCAGCUAUAUUA